UGAAGACCGCGCUGCGCACGCACGAGCCGAGCGGCGUGGUCACGUUCGCGUUCCGCCUCAGCCACGCGAUUUCGAGCGCGUGGGAGACGGUCGUCGUGAAGGGCGAGGCGGACGUGGCGAAGGCGCGGGCGCGCAUGUGGAUGUACCUGUGCACGCGGGACGUGCUUGGUGCGGCGAUGCGCUUGUUGACUUUGAAGCCGUUGGAGCGGAUGUAGACUAGAAUGUAGCUGUUAGUGGUAUCUCUUGUUUUGCGUUGUCUGGCAUCGAUACUAGUGCAAUGACUGCAAUAGUAAGGGGGGCUCACGAAGUUUGAACUGUGGCGCGAAAGAGUUAUUUGCUACCAAUGGAGCGAUCACGUGAUCCCCUUGAACCCUCCUGCAGUGACCUCCUCUGCUUUCGUCUCUACCUGCAUCGCAAUCACCAUGGCUGACAACCUUCCUACGCUCCCAUCCCCUCCGUCCGAGAAGGAGGCCAUGUUCUACUACUCCGGCCUGCCCUCUGGCCCCCGCUUGGUCGCUCGCACUGGCACCACUCCCUGGAAGGAGCCCACUGGCCCCGAGGCGUACCGCAAGCUCAAGGAGCUUGGCCCCGUCGGCAAUCACCCACUCUGUGAGGUCUGGGGGGACGGCCUGGCUCUCAAGGUCCACGACCUUCUGGACACGAUGAAGGUCAAGUGGACUAGCAUCGACGUCGUCCGCAUCAAGGACGUUGAAGAGUCUUUCGCCCCUGUCAUCCUCUGGAUCGGCGUGCUGCCUGCAUCUCUCUCUGGCGAGGACGGCGUCGUCGUGGCCUCCAAGUGCCGUGAGCUUCUUGUAGAAUCCGGCAUCACCGACGUCGACGUAGAGAUCCGCGAGUCGGUCGUUACCCGCUGGGCCGCUCCCAAGUUCCCCACGUCCACCUACUCUUUCGACUCCACCGUAGACGUCCGCGAACCUCUUACCACUACGCUCGGUCUCCCCAUCUGUGCUCAGUCUACGCCUUGCGCUGACGGUACCGGCGGCUUCUUCAUUGCCGAGGGCGUGAAUACGAAGAGGCUCCUCCUCGUCACUGCUCGCCACGUCAUCUUCCCGCCCGACAAAAACGAAAACAAGCACUUUGAGCAUAAGAAUGACAGCCAGCCCCGUCAUAACGUCACGCUCUUCGGCGAUGCGGCGUUCAACAAGUACCUCGAAUCUAUCAAGGCCGAGAUUGGAGGCAAGGUAGCAGACAAGGACGUUUCGACUCACUGGGCCACCCCGGAGAGCCGCGUUCUGGGCCACGUCAUCCUCUCUCCUCCCAUCAACGUCGGCAUCGACAGCAGCGGCGAGGGUUAUACCGAGGACUGGGCCGUCAUCGAGAUUGACGCCUCCAAGGUCGACGCGAGCAAUUUCGACGGCAAUGCCAUCGACCUCGGUACCCGCAUCCCAGUCUACGAGUUCGCUCGUAUGAUGCACCCCAAUCCUCGGAAUGCCCCUUCCUUCGAGUAUCCGGGCGACCGUCUUCUGAGGCUCAAGGGAACCAUUCCGGACGAGGAGAUGCGUCAUCCCACCGCACUCGAUCAGAACGACGAACCGUGCCUUGUGGUGAUCAAGCGCGGUAUCACCACCGGCCUGACCGUCGGCCAUGCCAACAACAUCUGUUCCUACGCCCGUAACUACGACAAUGACAACGCCAAGAUCUCUAAAGAGUGGGCCAUCCUCCCGCAAGACUGCAAGUCCGGCGCCUUCGCGGACAAGGGUGACUCGGGUUCUGUCAUCGUCGACGCCCUCGGACGCAUCGGCGGCCUUCUCACCAGCGGUGCUGGCGCCACGCCUUCUGCGGACGUCACCUACGCCACGCCCAUCAGCUUCCUCCUGAAGCGCAUGCAAGACAACGCACUCCAUAUUGACGCCGUAUAAGGUUACUUCAAGCUCUUCGGCCCUCUGUGCUUCGUAAUGAAACGAAGAAAGUGGCCAAUCGCUACCGCUCGCUCACUUUGAUUCACUACAGCCAUGAGACUAAUGCGAGCGCUGAUGACAUGUCCGAUAAUUUCAAGUCGAAGCUGUCAUGCAUGUCAAUUCUCUGAUUGUACCUCGCUGGGAGUGCUUGACGCUUGCCACCUGAUUCAGGUCGGUUGUUAAUAUGCAGCAGUGUCAGCAGGGCGUACUUACGGAAACUUGAAUAUCACGGCGCUCUCCCACUAGUCUUGG